AUGAUUAUUCCAAUACGUUGUUUUUCCUGUGGUAAAGUUGUUGGUGAUAAAUGGGAAACAUAUUUAGAAUUAUUACAAGAUGAAACCAUCAGUGAAGGUGAUGCUUUGGACAAAUUGAAGUUGAAGAGAUAUUGUUGUAGAAGAAUGGUUUUAACUCAUGUUGAUUUGAUUGAAAAAUUCUUGAGAUAUAAUCCUUUGGAAAGAAAAGAUGUAAACUAG